UGUCAAUAAAUGUUUUAUAAUAAUUUUCACAAAAUUGUAAACGUAGAGGAGCUGUGAAGAUAGGAAAAGAGACCUUUAUAAAAUGCAGUCUUGCGAGGUUCAAGUCCAAUCAGUUGAAGGGAAGUUCAGGAUUUUUUUUUGCAACUCUCGCAUGUGCUACUUCUGUACUUGCUCCAGUUUGGAGCAUUCACAGGGUCAAAAAGAAUAGCCUGGACGCCGCUGUGUGUCAAGAACUGCUCCCAGUGCUUGAGAAACAAAAGCAUCUGAACAUCAGGUGGAACUGGACGGUCAGCUGCACCACCAGAGGUUAACCCAGUUUCACCUCUCUGGCUCCCUGGGAAACCCUUUCAGCUUGUCUUUGUAGGACAAAGGUCCACAUACUUCUUAUCAGUGAGUGUUCCGGCUUGUUCCAGCACAGGGAGAGAAGCGGGACAUGUUUGUGGCUGGCAGCAGAGCUUUACCCUCUGGCUUUAUUUAUUUAAUUUUUUUUUUUCCUCCUUGCCAGCCCUCUUCAUUACAAAGAUAUUUUGAAGGAACCUUCGGACAGGAGGCUUGUCUCAGUAACCAGAGGGGCAUGUGUGUCCCCCUCUUUUUGAGGCCUUUUGGAUCCUGGCCCCGGGCUUCAGGGAGGGCAGAGGCAGCCUGGAUCUCUCUGGUGAGGGCUCUGUGCUCCCACUUGGGCUUUGGGGGGCAAGAGUGGCUUUUGGGCACGUCUCCAAGCAGGAGAGGAGGCAGGUGAGAUGCGUCUAGGGCAUGGAUAUGGAGCUCUCACUGACAUGCACUUACAGAAAUAUGGGAUGUAUAAAAUCAAAAAGGAAAGAGAAUCAGCAUGGAGAUGGGCUAGAUUUGAAGAAUCAACCAGUACGUAAAACUGAACGAACUAUUUAUGUGAGGGAUCCAACGUCCAAUAAACAGCAAAGGCCAGCAAAUCAAGAAGCACAGCUCUUACCAGGACAGCGGUUCAUCACCGAAGAAACAGAGGAGCAUGGAGUCAUUGUGGUAGCUUUGUAUCCCUAUGAUGGCAUUCAUGAAGAUGACUUGUCCUUCAAAAAAGGAGAAAAAUUGAAAGUUAUUGAGGAGCUGGGAGAAUGGUGGAGAGCAAAAUCACUCACAACAAGGAAAGAAGGCUUCAUUCCCAGCAACUACGUAGCAAAAGUAAACACCUUGGAAACAGAAGAAUGGUUCUUCAAAGACAUAACCCGAAAAGAUGCCGAAAGACUACUCCUGGCUCCUGGAAAUGGUCCUGGAGCUUUCCUUAUCAGGGAAAGUGAAACAUUAAAAGGCAGCUAUUCUCUCUCCAUAAGAGACUAUGACCCACAGCACGGCGACGUUAUUAAGCACUACAAAAUUAGGAGUCUAGACAAUGGAGGAUUUUACAUCUCUCCCAGAAUAACUUUUCCCAACAUCAACGAUAUGAUCAAACAUUAUCAAAAGCAAUCAGAUGGCUUAUGCAGAAAGUUGGAGAAAGCUUGUAUUAGUCCCAAGCCUCAAAAACCAUGGGAUAAAGACGCAUGGGAAAUUCCACGGGAAUCAAUUAAAUUAGUGAAGAAACUGGGAGCUGGUCAGUUUGGAGAAGUCUGGAUGGGUUACUAUCAUAAUAGUACGAAAGUGGCUGUGAAGACUCUGAAGCCUGGAACGAUGUCUGUGCAAGCCUUCCUGGAGGAAGCCAACCUCAUGAAAACACUUCAGCAUGAUAAGCUCGUUAGGCUUUAUGCUGUAGUGACCAAAGAAGAGCCUAUUUAUAUUAUAACAGAAUUCAUGGCUAAAGGAAGCUUGCUGGAUUUUCUGAAGAGCGAUGAAGGAAGUAAAUUGUUGCUUCCAAAGCUAAUUGACUUCUCUGCUCAGAUCGCAGAAGGGAUGGCAUACAUAGAAAGAAAAAAUUAUAUCCAUCGAGAUUUGAGAGCAGCGAAUGUUCUGGUUUCGGACUUACUGAUGUGCAAAAUCGCUGAUUUUGGACUAGCGAGAGUCAUCGAAGACAACGAAUAUACAGCAAGGGAAGGUGCAAAAUUCCCUAUUAAAUGGACAGCACCGGAGGCAAUAAACUAUGGAUCUUUCACUAUUAAAUCUGAUGUGUGGUCAUUUGGGAUUCUCCUGUAUGAAAUCGUUACAUAUGGAAAGAUUCCUUAUCCAGGUAUGAGCAAUUCAGAUGUGAUGGUUGCUCUUCAGCGUGGGUACCGAAUGCCACGCAUGGAAACUUGUCCAGCCGAGCUUUACGAUAUCAUGAAAACAUGCUGGAAAGACAAAGCAGAAGAGAGGCCAACAUUUGAUUAUCUACAGAGUGUGCUUGAUGAUUUCUACACAGCAACAGAAGGGCAGUAUCAACAACAGCCAUAGAACAAAGAACGAUUUUUUCUAUUGACAUGCAUCAUUGGCACAGACUAUUAUUUGGACAGACUGCUCAAACCAAUUCCUUCACGAGUUUGGAUGUCUUAACCGAGUGUGGAAGCUGAAAUGCUAAAGGAAAGAGUAAUUCUGCAAAGAAAUAAUAAUGUUUUUAUUUGGUUAAAACAGUUCCUCUAAAGAUUGAAGUUCUCCUUACGUGUUCCGUUUUGCAUCUGCAGAAACAUCCCAAACCAAACAGGCUUUUUGGGGUGGGGAGGAAAAAAGGAAGGAAAGGGAUCAUGCACUGGUACAGCCUGACAAAGCCUUCUUAGGACCUAAGUCACGGAAUACAUUACAAGGAGACCUUUACAAAAGGGGCGAGAAGAUGCGUGAACAGCUGUUUCCAAAAGAAAAAGUCAUGAAGGAGAACUUAAAGAUUUAAGACAUGGUGGUGUUCUUAAAUCAUCUUUUUUCAAAUACAGCACAUUGUGAAAAUUAUUUUUAUAUCCUUGUUAUUUCACAGUAGCAGCUGGAGUACUGUCACCUCUUGUAAGGCUUUCUAAAUGGUGCCAUGGUUUCCUUUAAGGAAGGGUUAUGUAUGUAAUUCUUUACACUGAAGACGAUUCUGUUCUACCGCUGUAUUACUCAUAUUGAAUUUAAAAUCAUUUUCCAAGCAUCACACAGCCAUCACAGAUGCCAGAGUGCAAUAUGAGCACACACAAUGACAGAAGCGGCAGCACACCUAGCUCUAUUCAACCUUCAGUUUCCCACAAGGCCAAAGUCAUCAUCUGAAGACCACGGGAAAGCACAGGAUGUUGAAGGAAGUUAAUACUUUCAUUGCCGUCCCUGAGACUGUUACCAGUGAAAAUAUUUUAAUCUUAAUUUUUAAUCCUCUGUGAUUAUUCAAGAAUACUCCUUAAAUUUUUGCUGCUUUAAUCAACUAACCUCAAAUCUGUUUUAAAGCUAAAACUAGCUCUAGCACUAUCAAAAACAAUUUGUGGAAAUACGCAAUAAGAUAUCAAGUUACAUUGCAGUGACACUAUAGGUUUGUUGCUCAGUAUAUAAAUCUAAUUCAUAAAAGUGAAUGCAGUUUGCUCAGAUCUACAUAUUGAAUUGUUCUAUCAAAUUACUUAACAAAACAGCUGGGCUAGUGCAUUUGCAAUGUAACUACAGCAUAGAUUACUUUUUUUUUUUUCCAAGGUGACACUGGUUCUUACAACUGAAAACCAGUAAAUCUUUGCCACCCCUCAGACCAGUUAUUUAGGCAAAUGGUACUUUGCAGAAGCUUAAAACCCUUUUGAUAAAGCUUCAGUGUGCCUGCAGUUGAAGUUCAGCAGCAUAAAUAUUAAUUGCUUGUCUUCUCGAUUGGCUUCCUUCAGUCAAACUGUGCAGUUUAAGCAGACUAUCAGUUAAAUAUGUAAAUAGUUUCUAUUGUAAUGUGAUUUUUAAUUUUAAUAAACACUUAAUCUGAA